GCUAUCAAGUACAGCAACAACAAUUGGACAAUUUUGUCUCUUCAUUCAAUUUUUAGCCAUAAUUUGUUUUGAUAUAUAUCAAGUUCAGUCAAAAUUAAGUUCAUUCAUAAUUUCACAAAUGGAACAGGCUAGCCCUUUACCACCAUCAUCGUCAUCAUCGUCAUCAUCAUCAUCAUCAGCAUCAGACCAUCAGGAUGAUCAAACAUCGGGUCAACCACAACAUCAAGAACAGAAUUCGUUCAACAAUCAACAACAAAAAUCAAGCACAGAUCUGAUACAGGCAACCAUCGAUGAUAAUAUACUUAAACGUGAAUUAUAUUUUUUAAUCUAUAAAUUUUUGGAAAGAAGUCCACUACAACAAUCAUUUCAAGUAUUAAAACAUGAAUUAGAAUCAAAUGCAUGUCUAUUACCACCACAAUAUGAUUGGCGUACCGGUAGUGAACGUUCAUCAAAUGAAUUCGGAUUAGGUAAUGAAAUACUCGAGUUAGCUAUUAAGCAACAUCCACACAUCACUGCCGAUUAUCUAUUUCAAUCACUAAAACAAGCGCAUCAAGCUUUAUCGCAAGUUGUGCCACCACCGAUUGAAAAUUCUAUCGUUUCAUUCCUAUCCGCCGGACGUUUUUCAUUAGUACGCCCUAUACCUAAAAAAUCAUUAAUAUCUGAGCAAGAUGAGCGUUUAUUACCACUAAAUCGUAAUCCAUUUUCAUUGGCAUCAAUAUCUAAUCAUCGAAAUCAUGCACCACCGUUGUUGUCGCAACGUUUUUCAUCUGUCCAUUUUCCCGGACAUAUUAGUCAAACAUUAUUCAGCAGGCAAUUGGCUGGUCCUAAGCCCAUAACACAUCUAUUACCUGUCGGAUUCUAUGAACAAUAUCAAAAAUAUAAUCGUGUACUCGGUCACCUUUCUUCCGUAUUCUGUGUUCUAUUUGAUCGUACCGGACGAUUUUUAAUUACCGGAGCGGAUGAUACAAUCAUUAAAAUUUGGUCUGCAUCCGAUGGCCGUUUAUUGGCUACCUUACGUGGACAUCAGGGUGAAAUAACCGAUUUAUCUAUAUCGUUGGAAAAUGAUAUGUUGGCAUCGGGCAGUUGUGACAAAAAGAUUCGUGUUUGGAAUUUACGUACUACGGCUUUGAUCAAAACAUUAAAGAAUCAUGAAGAUCAAAUAUCCGGCGUAAAAUUUUGUCCGCUUAUGACGCAAGAUACUCGUUAUCUGGUAUCGAUCUCGCAAGAUGGCAGUGUUUGUUUUUAUAAAUAUGAUGCCAAAACUCGAUUAUUUCAGGAUGAUCCGAUUCGUUUUGUCGAGCGUAAACGCCGCGAUUCUCAAUUAGUAUCAUGUUCAUUUUCGGCAGGUGGUGCAUUUUUUGCUGUUGGAUCAACCGAUUGCAGUCUUUAUGUUUAUCAUGUUUCCGCACCAGCUGGUCCGACAAAAAUUCUUGAAAUCGAACAGCAUACUGAUCAUGUGGAUUCUUUACAGUUUAGCAAUCGCUCAAUGCUACGAUUUAUUUCUAGUGGCCGUGAUGGUCUCGCACAUAUUUGGAAUUAUGAAAAACAAAAAUGGAAUCACCUCAAGAUUGAUAUCAAUCAACGAUUAGAUGGUCGGCCACCAGAACGUCGAGUAGAAAUUGCUGGAACAUCAAAAAUUUGUGUUUUACGUGUCUGCAUGGUAGCCUGGACAAUUGAUGAUCGAUUCGUUAUCACCUCUUUGACCGAUAGUUCUAUUAAAGUUUGGUUUUCACAUAAUGCCAAAUUGAAACAUGUUUUAUAUGGUCAUGAAGAUGAAGUAUAUAUUAUCGAACCACAUCCUACUGAUGGUCGAAUUAUAUUGACUGCUGGACAUGAAGGUGCUAUAAUGAUUUGGGAUGUGGUCACCGGUACAAAUAUAAAAACAUUUUAUAAUGCAUUGGAAAAUUCUCAAGUUCCGGCAUCAUUGUUCGAUGCUAAAUGGAAUCCGGAUGGUACAAUGUUUGCCGCAACUGAUAGCUAUGGACAUUUAAUCCUAUUUGGACUAUCACCAUCAAAUCCAUAUUCCGAAUUACCUGAACAUAUGUUUUUUCAUACGGAUUAUCGGCCUAUCAUUCGUGAUGCCAAUGAUUUUGUUAUCGAUGAACAAAUGCAAAUCGCACCGCAUUUAAUGCCACCACCAUUUUUAGUCGAUAUUGAUGGGAACCCCUAUCCACCAAGACUUCAGCGCCUAGUUCCUGGUCGCGAAAAUUGUCACGAUCCGCAACUUAUACCGUUCGAUGGCGGUGAUCAGCAAAAUGAUCAACAAGCUCAACAACAACAACAACAAGGAGCCCUUACGAUCGAUGAUAUGAUUCAGCGCUUGCAACGAGAACAGCAGCAACGACGGCCUAGUAGCUCAGGAGAUAUAACAGCUCCUACUUCAGGUUCGUCACCAGCUAAUAGUUCGCGAAGUGCACAUUCUGUCGGUGAUGGUGUCCGUAAUGCUGCCAAUUUAGUCGACCCAAAUGACCGUGUUGUUAAUGAUGAAAGUAGUACCGGUCGGCCAAGUGGAUUUCAAAUGGGCAUAUUCAUGCGAAAACCAUUAAUCAUUCCGUUGCCAGAACGAGAAAUCGAAUUCAUUCGUGAACGACAAUGUUCGCUAAAUAAAAUGGAAGAGGAGUAUUAUCGAACCGAACAGAAAAAACGACCUAAAGAGAUUGAACCAAUUGAACCAUUACCUGAAUUUAAACCAUUUACGCGACGACAACGGAGAAUUUUAUACCAGUCCAGUGGUGUAACACGAUCAUCAUCACGAUCGAAUCGUUCAAAUAUGAAUAAUAGCGAUCGUACUGAACGUCAAUUUUCAUUAGUUCCUCUUGAUGAGGAUGAUUCAAAUGAUGAAGAUUUUACCGGUACAUCAGAAGAAGAAUCGAGCGAGUCAGAUGAUGCUACAUCGGAUUCAGAUUGGAAUCAACCAUCAACUUCACGUGAUCGAACGCCAUUUCCAUCUUCAGUGGCUGGUGUAUCUAGUGCUCCUGCCGUGCGUAAACGCAAACGUCGUGCUACCGAUGUAGAAGAUGAUGAUCAUAUUCAAAGUGAUAAUGAUGAUCAGCAUGAUACGUCCAAUGAUAUAAUCUUUCUUAAUCAGCCAUCAACUUCACUUGGGAACGAAGGGUCGAUUCGAUCAAGACGACGAACAAAUAUUGACGAUAUUCACAACCCAUUAGAAAGGCGUCAAAGGUUCGAGCAAAUUAAUGUUGAUCAUCAGUUUAGACAGGUUGAAAAUGGCCACCUUGAUGAGCAAUUUCGACCCCCCGAAUGGUUCACGAAUAGUAAACCGAAAAGAACGCCUUAUUUUCCUCAGAUUGGUGAUCGUGUUGUAUAUUUCCGUCAAGGUCACCAGAAAUAUAUUGAUGCUGUUCGUGAAACAAAAUGUUAUAAUAUCAAUCUUGCGACGAAACCAUUCCGAUUACGUGGAAGUGAUUCGGAUGAAAUAUUCGCCAAAAUUAUCGGUAUUCAAUAUCAUGUUAAGCCUCCGCGUCUGGUUACACUACGUAUGGUUGUUAUUGAUCCAUUAGCUGAAGAAAACGAAGCUGAACAACAACAAACCAGUAAUGUCAAUCAAUCGUCGUCUAAUCAUCAUCCCCAUAUCGCCCAACAACAAUUUUCUGUUCGAUAUCAUGAUCUUGAUCAUGUUUGUGAUUUCAUCAUUCUUAAACAGUGGUAUGAUAUAUCCGUGUCACGUGAAUGGCGUGUUGCUGACCUAUUUCGAUCAGCGAUUGAUGAUCAAUGGUGGAUCGGACGUAUUCAUUCGAUGCGCUAUACAGAAACUAAUUCUUAUUUUCAAUCAAUUGAAGUUAUUUGGUGCAACGGUGAAAAAGAAUUACUAAGUCCUUGGGAUUUGGAACCUUUAGAAUCGAAUUUAGAUAUUCCUAAUCAACCGCCAAAUGAUGGUCAAUCAGUAACAGAUGAAGAAAGAAUAGCAUUUUCAAUGAUAGAUGAGCAAGAAUGGCCAUUAGAGCAGCGUAAUCGUGAUCGGGAACGUAUAAUAAAUGGUCUGCUUCGUGUUAUGGAAUUUUCUCAUGCUGAAGAAUUUGCCGCUCCCGUCGAUCUUAAUCAACAUCCAUUAUAUGCAAUGACAAUACCGUAUCCGAUGGAUUUAUCUACAAUCAUGUCGAGAUUACGAUCGAAUUUCUAUAGACGUUUAGAAGCGGUCAAAUUCGACGUGCGUUUUAUCGAAUCGAAUGCAGCAUUAUACAAUAUGCCUGAAUCACUCAUUGUUAAAAAAGCAAAAAUUAUUACCGAAUGUUGUUUACGUUUCAUCGAAGAUUCUGAAUGUCAAGAUCCGACACCGAUUAUGAAUGAAUUGAGUAAUAAUUAUGCAUCGGAAUUAGUGAACGCCACCGGCAUCUCAACAACUGCCGAUCCCACUCAACAACAACAUUCAUCAUCAAUGUCAUCGUCAUUCGGCCAUCAAAGACCUCGAAGAUCUACACGUCGUAUUCGUUCAAGCAUAUUUUCCGAUAGUGAUGUAGAUGAAAUAAAUCGUCCUGGUCGCCCAUCAAGAUCCGACCGUACUAAUCAUAUUCACAAUCGAUUGAUAACCGAACAUGAUGAUGAUAAUCGACCACGCAAAACAUGGAAACAAUUGUGUCGAGAACUUAUUGAUCAGAUUUUUGAGCUUCCAGAUUCUGAACCUUUCCGUGCUCCUGUUGAUCCAAUCAUCUAUCCAAAUUAUGCUCAUAUAAUCGAUACACCAAUGGAUUUAACAACAGUGAAAGAACAGCUCCUAGCCGAUAUCUAUGAUUCACCGCAAGAUUUUGCGAAAGACAUGCGUCUGAUAUUCACCAAUUCCAAACAAUUUAAUACAAGCAAAAAAUCACGUAUUUAUUCAAUGACAAUUCGUUUGUCGAAUAUAUUUGAAGAGAAAAUGCGCUCACUGAUGAGCGAAUUAAAGUCAUCGAGAUCCCGUACGAAUCGUCAGUCAUCGAAUGGUGGUAGAUCUGGUCGAAAUCGUCGUAAUGGAAAACUUCGAAACACUAGUCGAUUUCAGCGAAAAUCAUCUUCACCAAUGUCACCUACAAUUAUUAGCCCCUAUGAACAGCAAUUGACGGGUCCAUCGACAAGUCGAAGACGGUGUUUUUCACAACAAUUAAUGAUUAUUGAUUCGAAUCAACCAUCAACAUCGUCUAUCCCAUCUAAUUAUUAUAAUCAACAACAACAACAACGUUCUAGUCACAGAAUUUCAAAGUAUUAUUAUGAAUCGAAUUCUAUGGAAAAAUAUGGCCUUAGGCAUCGAAGAAAACGUAUUCGAACGUAUAAAGAAGAUGAUAGUAACGAAGAUUUUGAUGAUGAAGAAUCUACCGGAUGUUCGCAAAAUCAUGAUCAAAGCAAUGAUGAAUAUGUAGAUGCUGCCAAAAUUCCUAGCGAUACCAAUAAUAAUAGACCAUCAAUCGUUAAUGAUAAAUACCAUUUACGACAAAACAACCGAAAACCUCGACGAUACGAUUCCGAUGAUGAUGAAGAAGAAGAAUUAGAAUUACCUGAAGAAGAGGAAGAAAUAAAGGACGAAGAAGAUACAGAUGAAAAGACAGACGUCGAAGAUGAUCGUGAUGAAGAUGAAGAAGAAGACGAUGAUGAAGAGGAUGACGAAGAAGUGGAACCGGAAGAACAGCCAAAUGAUUCAGAUGCAACCCAAUUAGAUGCUGAAGAAGAUGAUGAUGAUAAUAAAGAAAAUUCCUCAUCUCGUACUGGAACGCGGAGGCCAAUUCGUGCUGCAGCAAGGAAACGAGUAAAUUACGGUGAAAACGACUCUGAUUCUGAUGAUGACUUGGCCGUUAAUCAGAUUCGUGAACGAAAUUCAAAUAUUCGUUUGACGCAUCAACAACCACGACCAGCGCCGACUGUUUUCAUUGAUUCAUUUGCUUCCAACAAUGAAUCAUCACGAGAAUCAACAAUGUCAUCAAAUAGUAAUCGUUCGGAUGGAUCUAUCAAUCGUGUCGGUCGCCGUGCUGCUCGUCGUCGUAACGGCCAUGAUAAUGAUGAGGACGAUGAUGAUAGUAAUCACCAGAGUUCUUCUGGACUUCGACGUUCCACUCGAAAAAUUCAACCAAAACGUCGUUAUAGUUCAGAUUCAGCUGAUGAACAAUUUCACCAACAACUGAAAUCCCGUAUUCGACGAUCACGAACAUAUCAAAAACAUUAUGAUGGCCGUGUAGGGUUGCAAGACCCAAGGAGGACGGGAAGACAUGUCCUACUUUCUGAAACUUUGUCGUCCUGUCCUCCUCAAACAUGAAAAUGUCCUCCUUAGAAUUUUCCAAUAAAUGC